AUGGAGGAGCGGAUUUCACCUGUCGGAAACAAUAACAACAACAAUAAUAACAAAUUUUCUUCGGCAACAUCGCUCCGGCUAGCUCUCCCACCGGUCCGAUCGUCGGAUACCUACAUUGUCCAAAUUCCUAGAGAUCAAGUUUAUCGUAUACCACCACCAGAAAAUGCAAAAAUCGUGGAAAAUCAUCGUAAACCUAAUAAUAAUUAUCAAAGCAAGAGAAAAUUUGGAUGUUGUUGUUGGAUCCUAUUAGGGUUACUUAUAUUUGGUAUCAUUAUUGGUGUUAUAAUAUGGGUUAUUCACAUGUUGUACAUCCCUAAAUGUCCUAAUUUUUCUAUUGUCGGUAUCGAUCUCAAGAAUGUUACGGGCCCUAUUAGUCAUGGCCAUGGCCAAAAAAAUCAACCUCAGCAACAUUCAAGGUUCGAGAUUGAUCUGAAAGUGAAAAAUAUAAAUGAAAGAAUGGAUGUAUCAUUUGGUGAAGGAAAAGAAGGGAAAGCUACUCUUAUUUUCAAGAAACAUGAUAUUGGACAAGGGAAAUAUCCAUCAAUUUCACAAAAAGCUGAGGUUUCUAAUAAUGUUCAUCUUAAUCUUGAUGUUGGUUCUAAUGGAAAAUUGCCUGGUGAUUUUAUUAAAAGUCUUGAAGAUGAGAAGAAGCCAAUAAUAAUGACGUUGAUGAUUUAUGUGAAAAUGGAGAUUAAGAGUUGGGUUAAAAAUAUGAAGAAAGAUUUGACAAUUACUUGUGAUUUUGACGUUGAAGGCUUGACAAAGAAAUCCAAGAUUUUAGCCGAUAAGUGUAUAACGGAUUUCUAA